AGUAUGGGGAUGCUGCAUAACACCUGGGGAAUUCCUGAGGAAAUACUUAUUUCCGCACUUCGAGACUGUUGUGUUUGCGAUUUGUGUAGCCUACUGACCGUACAUUUUAACAGAGAAGACUGUUCUCUGUGAUUUAUUCCCUCAUCAAAGAUGGCCCAGUGGUGCCAGCUGAAACUACUGGAGUCUAAAUACCAGGAGCAGGUCCACCAGCUCUAUGAUGACUCCUUCCCCAUGGACAUCAGACAGUACCUCAGCAAGUGGAUUGAGAGCAUCGACUGGGAUAAUGUGGCUGUUGACAAAUCCCUGGCCACUGUCCGCUUCAACGAUCUCUUAGCCCAUCUUGAUGACCAACACAGCCGCUUCGCCCUGGAGAAAGACCUCCUGCGACAACACAACAUCCGCAAGUUCAAGGGAAACCUCCAGGACUGCUUUCAGCAGGACCCCGUUCACUUGGCCAUGAUCAUCUCCAGAAACCUGAAGGAGGAGCGGAGGAUUCUGGCUGCUGCCAAAAGCAUAGAGACCGACAGAGAAAACACACAAACCAGCAUGGUUCUGGAGAAGCAAACGCUGGACAACAAAGUCAAAGACAUGAAAAACAAGGUUCAGGAAGCGGAUCAGAAUAUAAAGUCUCUGGAAUACCUUCAAGACGAGUAUGACUUUAAGGAAAAUACUCUUAAGAACAGAGAACAUGAAAUGAACGGGCUGACACCCAAACAGCUGGAACACGAGAAGCUGCAGAUUGUAGAGAUGUGUUUCAAGCUCAAGUUCAAGAGAGUGGAAGUGGUUGGCCAGUUGGCGGAGGUGCUCAACGUGGCCGAGGCGGUCCAGUCAGACUUGAUCUCAGAGGAGCUGCCUGAGUGGAAGAAGAGGCAGCAGAGCUCCUGUAUUGGAGGACCACCCAACGCAUGUCUGGACCAACUGCAGAACUGGUUCACAGCGGUGGCAGAAAGCCUGCAGCAGGUGAGGCAGCAGCUGAAGGAGCUCCAGGAACUAGAGCAGAAGUACACAUACGACAACGACCCAAUCAAACAGCAGAAAGGCUUCCUGGAGGGGCGGGCCUUGGCACUGUUCCGGAACCUCCUAGAACAUUCCUUGGUAGUAGAGAGACAGCCCUGCAUGCCCACACAUCCACAGAGACCUCUGGUGCUGCAGACAAAGAUGUUGUUCACUGUCAAGCUCAGAUUUCUUGUGAAGCUCCCGGAAUUCAACUAUCAACUCAAAGUGAAAGCUUUGUUUGACAAGGACGUUACAGAAAAGAAAGGGUUUCGUAAGUUUAACAUAUUGGGUACCAACACAAAAGUUAUGACUAUGGAGGAGUCAAAUGGAAGCUUGGCUGCAGAGUUUCGCUACUUGAAACUGCAAGAGCAGAGAGUGACUGGAAGAGGAAAGAAAGAGGGGCCUCUCAUUGUGACAGAGGAGCUGCACUGCAUCUGCUUUGAGUCGGAACUCCGCCAGUCAGGUCUGGAAAUCAAACUAGGGACCAUCUCCCUACCCAUCGUGGUCAUCUCCAACUGCAACCAGCUGCCCAGUGGCUGGGCCUCCAUCCUGUGGUACAACAUGCUGACCAGCGAGCCCCAGGACCUGGAGUUCUUCCUGAACCCUCCGGCAGUGUCCUGGGGUCAGCUAUCUGAGGUGCUGAGCUGGCAGUUUUCCUCUGUCACCAAGAGGGGGCUCAAUGAUGAGCAGCUAGGCAUGCUGGCUGACAAACUACUGGGCCAGAAAGCACAGAGGAAUCCUGAGGGCCUUAUCUCCUGGACCAUGUUCGGUGCUGUCAAGAGCCUCAGUGAGAAGAGGUUUCCCUUCUGUCAGUGGAUCGAAGACAUCCUUGACCUCAUCAAGAAACAUCUGCUGUCCCUGUGGAAUGAUGGUUGCAUCCUGGGCUUUGUGAGUAAGGAGAGGGCAAAGACCAUGCUGACUGGGAAGUGUCCAGGCACGUUCCUUCUGCGCUUCAGUGAGAGUAGCAGAGACGGAGCCAUCACAUUCACUUGGGUGGAACACGACCUAUACGAUAAGCCUGUAUUCCAUGCUGUGGAGCCUUAUACCAAGAAGAAGCUGUCUGUCAUCUCUCUACCUGAAAUCAUCCGUAACUACAAAGUGAUGGCAGCUGGGAACAUCCCAGAGAACCCACUCUGCUUCCUCUACCCAGACAUCCCUAAAGACGAGGCCUUCGGAAAGUUCUAUACCAGGGCCUCAGAGGCAUCCGAGCCCAUGGAUGUGGAGAGUCCCACCGUCACAGGAUACAUAAAGAAAUAUUUAAUAUCAGUGUCAGAAGUUCAUCCAUCUAGACUGCAAGACAAGAUGAUGCUCAUGUCGCGAGAAGUGUUUGAAGAGCUGGAAAGUAGGCUAGUGCUCCAUUUUUGAGUGGAAGUCCUAAGAAUAUUGAUACUGCUGUGUGCAUAUGGACACGGCCCAGAGGUCCGGGCUGAACCUGGCCAGCUGGGGAAUGUAGUCAGCCACCUACGCAACAAAACAAAAACAGAAGGCAACAUAACAACACUUCCCAUUCCCCAUGGGCAUUUAAUCAGGAAAUGAUCAUCACCACCAUGUCGUCUCACUGACCCUGGGGCCUCUCCCUCACCCACC